AGAAGACCAGGACGACAUUUCACAGACAUUAUAAAUGUCCAAAGGACUGUGCAUGGAACCUUGUUGUUCAUUGGCUGUCGUAGCGGCGCUUAAACAAUCAUAACUGCAGAGGUAUGCAAGACGAAAAAAAAAGCGUUUUAUAUGGGAGCAGGCAACACCUGUGACAUCCGUCUUGGCAGUGUCGUCUUCCCCUGUAGUUGUGUGUGGCCAUGGCCUCACCUGCCAGACUGGUGCUUCCAGUUUCGCUGCAGACGACAGUUGUUGCGGUUGGCGAUGUACAUGGCAUUCUGCUUGGGCCAGGAGUUGAUGCAGUCAACGGAGAUUCCACUGGAAGCUUAGCAGCGACCCUCAGUCGCCCCAACAGACGACCACUAGUCGGCCCGCUGCGGCCCGCCUGCCCUCACAGCCCUCCCAACCCGUGCAGCACCAGCAGCAGCAGCAGCAGCAGCAGCAGCAGCAGCAGCAGCAGCAGCAGCCUCUUCCGCAGAUGUACACGUUGGUGUCUGGAGCAGCUGGAAAACCUGGUUUGGUGGAGCUGUACGCUCCAACUCCUCAACCGCAGGUAGCUCCACCUGGUGCACGGAUUGUGUAUGCCUACCCAGAGUCGCUGCCAGGUUACUAUAGCAACGCUGGGGGGCAAGUUGACACUGGACAACAGUCCGGGCUGCAACCAGUGUAUAUUUACUACGUUCCACAAGUGCGGCCACCCCUCAGCCACCCCUUUCAGCCCACCCGCAGGAAGGAGGUGCGGUAGUCUUGAGUUCUUCCUACCAAACGGUACUCCAGCAGCAGCAACAGCAGCAGCAGCAGCAACAGCAGCAGCAGCAGCAGCAGCAACUUCAAGAGCAACAACUACAACAGCAGCAGCUGCAACAACAACUACAGCAGCAACAGAUGCAGAUGCAGCUUCAAGAGCAACAGCUACAACAACAGCUGCAACUUCAUCAGCAACAACAACUGCAGCAGCAGCAGCAACAGCAACAACAACAACUGCAACAACAACAGCGCUUGCCCAAGCAUUCGGAGUCGCCAGUGGCGCCGGAGUACCUGGCAAACCAGCUGACGAAGCUGCUGGGCUCGGCUGGUGCGCAUUCCGGUGCGCAGGCUUUUCUCUACUCCAGCGCCAACACUCAGCAAGGCCCGUCACUCCAGGACGUCGGUCACAAGGGCCUCAACUUGCCCACCCCUUUCUCGGAUGCUCGCAUGCUUGCUGGCACAGGUAUUGUGGGUAGGCAAGGAGGCGGCGAGCUGUACCCCAGUCAUGUCCAGCUGUCCCCCAGUCACAUCCAGUUGUCCCCUAGUCACAUCCAGCUGUCUCCCAGUCACAUCCAGCUGUCCCCUCUUCAAGCCCAGCUGUUAGCCAGUCACGGGCACCUAGCUCAGGCGUCAAACAGUCACGCACACGGGUCACAAAGUCAAGUCCAGCUGCCACCCAAUAAUGCGCAGCUGUCUCUCACUCACGCACAGCUGUACCAGCUGGCGCGCAGUCAGGGUAAAGGUGGUCAGGGACACCACCAGCACACGGAUACCGAGCACAUGACGCCACAGUGCCCUCCCUUGAGGGCAGGGGAGCAUUGCAAAGGAGUAUCUCACGGCUGUCACCAACACUCCCAGUGUGAACCGGGAGCGGCAUGCUGUCCUGACGCCUGUGGCAUGGUCUGCAAACGGGUGGUGGCCGCAUCUCGCAGCAGUCGCAUGCUGCCGGGCUCCAUGCUCGUGCAACCAUGCCUGGACGCCAACUGCAGCAGCCGGGGUGAGCACGCCCAUGACCACUGUGAUGCGGAGCAUGCGUGUGGAGCCCGGAGCGUGUGUUGUUUUGACGGUUGUAACAACAUCUGCAGGCACAACAACAACAUGGCGGCUCUUCCCUCGGCGGCUUGUUUGGCCGCAAGCCUAACAUGAGAGACAUGUCCAUGAUGAUGUUGCUGUCUGCGGGAACAUAGCAGGUCCACCCGGACACUGGGGCGACACCCAGGUCUUGGUCACGUGGACAUAUUUCAAGGUGCUGGCACCGUGGUUGAGUGUCAUGCGAAUCGGGUUCCUCUUCUGUCUUCGUAACGGCUAACGAUCAGAAUUUUUUCAGACAUCACAUUUAAAACUGUUUAUGGAAAAAGAUAAAAUAAAGCAAUCUUUUAUAUCUAUAGCCCGAGGCAGACAGUUUAACAGUUGAAGGAAAACGUGCAGAAAAAAACCCCAUCGAUGUACAUUAAUAUUUUAUAUUAUUUUUGUUUUAAUAUGCGUGUAAUAUAUAGGACUUCCGAUGAAACUAUAUAGAAAUGAUAGUAAGUAGUACCUCUUGUAUAUUUACGUUUUAUGUAACGGAGAGGCUAAGGUGUCACUUUGAUUAAACAUUGUUGUGAUACUACA